AUGUUGAUGAAGUCAGAACAAAUAUCCGCCCACUACCGCGCAUCCACACUGUCAUCCCUCCUCUAUUCUUGGGAACACUUGACUGUACGUAUUGACUUCAUGUCGAGCGAUAACCCAUGGCAUCACGCUGACGUUCCAGGCGACUAGGGUGGUUAUGGGUCGUUUUUCGUCGACUACCCCAUUAUUUCUGUGUUACCGACCUGCAUCCAGCACCGCUGCCGGUCAUAUGUGGUUAUGUAGCCCCACCUGAAGUAAACAAAUCCCAGCCACUUGUAAUACGGCGGUGACAGGGGUUUUUACAGCUGGAGCCGAGAACCGCACAAACGACGAGUUCAAGUAGUCGUAUGUAAAAGAAAAGCUAUUGGUGAUGCGCAGUUGUGUUUUGAGUGGCUGGGAAAUAGUUGCCCUAACCCCUAAAUCCAACCCCAAAAGUAUUGUGUUCCUCAGUUUGGGCUACAUAGUCACAACUUACCCCGCUGCCAACUAACUGUGAGGGACUGUCUUAUUAUGAGCUAUGUUCUACUAAAAUAUGGAAGUAGUAGAACUGCGUUUGUGGCCUGAAUCCACCCUAACCUCGAGUGCUAGUUUUCGCUACCAAAGUUUCUCAAAAAACCGAAAAUUUUGCUUUAACGACGAACUUUUCUGGAAGAUCCUUUUGCUGUAGGCUAUGAAAACGUCAAAGCUAUAAUUUAUCGGUAUGCAUUCUUCUGAUAAAAGACAGUCUUACCGCUAUACCUACUCCGGAGAGCGCGUGCCUUCAGCGAAAAUGAGAACUACCGGUCAGAUGUGGUUAUGUAGCCUCACCUGAAGUAAACAAAUCCCAACCACCUGCAAUACAGGACCGGUGGUAAUAGGGGUUUUUACAGGUGGGACCGGGGAAUGCACAGGCGACGAGGAUGCGCGGUUGUACUUUGAGCGGUUGAGAAAUAGUUGCCCUAACGCCUAACUCUAACCCCUAAUCCCAACAAUAUUGUGUCUAUCAGGUGGGGCUACAUACCACAACUUACCGAACCACCCCCAAACGCAUACGAGUGAAAGUACAGAAAAUAGCCAGGCAGUUGGUGACAAACAUCUUCCUCUGACCUGCUUAAUCGGCGGCAAUUUUACGACCUCCCACUUGACGGAGCGUAAAUUGGCAAGUCGUCUGAAGGGUCUGCAGGGUUAAUCAUCGACUCUGUCAGUAAACGCACGCAGAACAAAUCAGGCAUGCAGGUGCAUGCAGCACCGGAAGUUGGCGUCUGUCAUUUGAUGUAAUGACGUCAGACGUCAGAGUGAAAUCACCCUGAAGUCCGGGAGGUAGCAAGGUACCGACAGCGGGCUGCUCGUAGGUGGCGAGAAGAUGAAUGGUGUGGUGCACACUGCAAAGUGGCAGUAACGCACCUCGUCGAGCACAUUCUGCCCAAAACUCGAUAAGCGCCCGGUAUCUUAUUGGUUACUUGACACAUUUGAGUCCCGGAUAUCGAUCCUAUUGAACGCAUAUGGGAUUGCCCGCAAAAGGAAGGUUCAACAAUUCUGAUCUGUCCGAGGCCCGUUUAUAACAUGAGGGCACUUGUCGCCGACAAUUUUUUACAGGUUUAUUGAGUGCAAGUUAUAAACAGUGUUGGCCGUACUCGCUGCACAAGGAAGCCACAGAGGUACUGACCUCCGGGUGGACGACUAAUUCCGUGAUUAUUUCUAUUUGGCAUCUCUUGAUCCAGUGUAGAACUGUUCUGCAUAAGGCUGACCGUUUUGGUACCAUUGAAGCGUGUAUAUGGUAUGUUUAGUUAGUCCCGACAUUACUGUCCUAUUGUAUCCUCGCUUUCUUCCUGGGGACAGAGGGCGAAGGGAUUGACCAACGGCGUAGCUGUUGCAUGUAAGUAGUCGUGGCUGUCCGAUUAAACAAGUGCUUAUUUGCACGCACAAUGUUAAAAUGCAGGGAUCGUUUUCUCAUCUUAAGUAUACUUCUAGAUGGUUGGCCAAUACUUCAUUACUAGAGAUGAAGGCGGUACGCCUAGGGACGGCUCCGGUCGUGCUAGCCAUCGCUCUUGUUGUUGGUUAAAUUCCUAAUCAAGUGUUGUUGUAGACCAGGGGGUGUGGCGGUAUGCCUGGUUGUGGGUCCCCACCGCGCCGACCACCUACGUCCUCUCCCGCCCCGGUCUUCUUGACUCUGUCUUCACACCGGACCCAGUUUGAGGAGGAGAAGGAGAGGGUGCGGUAGACGCUUCGCAGGUCCACCAUCACUUUAAAAUAACUCGCGAGCAAGUCACCGUCCCUGCUCUCACCCUGCUCUGGAGCACACGCUUGACACCGUCGGUCACGACAGCAUCACUGCCACUAGAGAUGAAAUUUGUCAUGGUACUCAAGACAAUUAAACAGCAAGAUUACAACAACUUAACAGUGGGCUUUUUAGAUAAUCGGCUUUCGAUUAUACUGGCUCUAGCACGUCGCGUAAUUUCUGAAUAAGAAAUCUCCCUUGGGUAUUAAUCCUUCACUAAGCUCUUAGUUGCCCUACCUUUCGUCUUUGUUACAGCUUAGUUUAUUUUAGAGUGUUUUUCUUGAACUCUAUAUUGUAAUUUCAUACAAUAAGUGUACUACACGCAAGUAGUGUUAAUAAGUCGAUCAUUUUUCAGAAAAAGAGAAGACGUUUAUGAGAAGGGAUACGUUGUUUGUCCAGCAUUUCAUCUAGUAAUGUCGGCCGUCCAUCUUUAAUGGCUGUCAGACUCUCAGAUUUAUAUCAUGAGCUCUGCAUGGAGUACAACCGCCGGGGCUGUUUUAGACUUCGGAAAACCAAUAUUGCCUUCGCAAUGAACGCCUUCUCGUCUACCAUUGGCCUGGGAAUCACAUUGUCACUACCUUUGAUCGAUACUGUUUGUCAAACAUAUGCGCUAUUGAAGUAGCAUGCGUUUUUCCCUCAAAUUUUCGAUGCCCUUAAAAACUCACUUGUAUUUCGUGGAAAGCAUGCAUAGCAAUAUUCAUUCGUUUAUUCAUUCGGUAGAAAAUUAGGUUUUCUUCCUAUUUCAUACUCAAAGGAAAGGUAAUCAUUCGGUUUUCAAAAACCUCUUAAAUUCCCGAAUAAUUCUGAAUCCCGACCUGCCGUUUCACUUGCAUUCAGGGUUUCCAAACUACAAACCGUAAACUUUCCGCGUACAGAAAACCAUACAUUCCUCUACGGUAUAAAGAGGAGACCAUAUGCGGUUCAUAAAAUUUAGCUGUGGAUUUGAGCCAUAUUGUUAACUUUACAAGCCACAUUGUUAAAUACAGAGACAUGGCGUUUUAUGAACGGCCACGUCUUAGUAUUAAGAAAUCUUGCAACUAGAAACUUCUUAAAUCCGAAUUAUACCCUUCCUUCGAGUGUAGAAUUGGAAGAAGACGUAAUUUUCUACCGAACCGAAUGAAUAUUUUUAUGCAUGUUUUGCAAUGAAAUAUAAGUAAAUUUUUAAAGACAUCGAAAAUCAAUUAGAAAAUGCAUGCUACUUAAGUCGUCAAUUUUUUACAGAGUAUAGUUUCUGCAUGCAGCCGGAAAGAAGUUCGUUCGAAAGCCGGCAUCUUGAGGUAACUGAAUUAUCAUGGAAUUGUGCUGCACGAUGAUUAAUUUUACACCCCUACUUAAUUAAUCUUUUCGAUACGAAAACGCAUUUCGGAAUUUCAGUUGACAUUUCAUGAGUUAGCCUUCUCGUCUAACAUUGACCUGGAAAUCAAAUUUUCACUAGCUUUGAUCUAUAAUUUUUAUCAAACAUGUGGUACCAACAUUUGGUUAUCCUGACACUGAAAGCUGUCUCUUCGUAUCCUGCCCUAUUCAAGGUUUUAAAUGCUUUUUUCUCCGUUUUUUACUAUGCGUCCCGACUGUUAAAGCGUCACUAGGGUCCCUAAACUACUGUGAAGCUUGCUCGUUGAAGAGACUUGCACUUAUUUGUGUCGCUAGGAGUGCGAACGUCCUGUAAGUCCGGUUACUAUGUCAAAUCCUGAAUAAGUGACUUAACUAGAAAGCAUUCAGGCAUGUCCAUAUUCAAACAAACUUCCUACCAUGUCCUUCAACGAGAAUUUUCUGAAAUUGAAAUGCCAUGAGGUUUCAGAGCACAUCCUUUUAGGAGGCACGUUUUAGCACUCCAACGACAGGUCACCUUCAUGCAGUUAUCGCUGGUGUUUAAAUCGCCGCUCAUGAUGGGGUUCUGAUUUGCCUCCCUCAUCCGUGCACUGUCUCCCUUGAAAUCUGAGGCCUCGUUGACUGAGUUGUGUCCGUAGGGUCUGGUGUACACCGCUCCGACUACGGAUGCUUACUGACUUCCAAAACGUCAGAGCGUAAGAUGCGGACAGCCUGGGGUUGCUGCUAGGUUUACGGCUAGGGUUAGUUGUAGAGGGACGUUCGCCGAUCGUUUCUACGGAGCUCACCCGUCCCGUUGUGCCUUACGGGCUCUGUCUCGAGCCCAACCAGCAGCCGCACAGCGGCGCAUGAUAUAUAGGCAGAAUGAUAUUACCGACAAAGACAAGGGAGACUGGAAUAGCUAUUUCUGGCUUAUUAGCCGUCGUCAGCCAGUCAUACCCAACCCCGAAGUGUGGAACACCUGAGGCUCGAACUCGCGACCUGUUAGUUAGUUCGGGGUUGGGUAUGGCUGGCUGACGACGACGGUUAAUAAGCCAACAAUGGCCAUUCCAGUCUCCUUUGUGUUUGUCGGUAAUACCAUUUCUGACUAGGGUCAGUGUUAUGAUUUGAAUCUGAGGAUAGCGUUAGGGCCACGUAGAGGGCAAGUUUAAGGUUAAGGUUGGGCCGGAUCUUAUUUUGUAUCCGUACCUGCAGUAGACAAUCCCCAGCCUAACCCCUAACCCCAACCUCUAACCCUUAUCCGAAUACCUAACAGGUACGACUACGAAAUAGGAUCUUGUCUAAGGUGGAUUUUAGGCGAGUAGAACUAGUGCUCAAAUUAGAAUUAUGUUCAGGAGUUGACUUAGGAAUGCGUCCAAUACUUGCCGUAACCCCAAGUCUACGCUGUAGCCCCUAACAAAGUGGUCAGGUAGGGAGGGUCCUUAGAGGGGUUUCUUAGCUCCGAGUUCUACUAUGUGACGGACAUCAGUUGCCAUCCCACUCAACUCCCCUUCUCCCCCCCUUCUCAGAUGAGCUGCGCAGCUGUCGUGCUAAACCAGAACGGAGGUCAUGCGCACACGUCAGUCCAGCCGCGAUGACUCCGCGUGGGACCACACACUAGUACUUGUAGCGCGUGUUAGUCGAAAGCUCACGCCACGUCAUUGUCAGGCAGCCGAUAGGCUUCGGCUGACACGCCGGAGAGGUAAGUCUGGGGUCAUUCCAACUCCACUCCAGUUCUCAAUUCCCUUCCUUAAAACAGUCCAAAGUAGGCAGAAUGACAUUACCAACAAAGACAAGGGAGACUGGAAUGGCCAUUUCCGGCUUAUUAGCCGUCGUCAGCCAGUUAUAACCAACCCCGAAGUGUGGAACACCCGAGGCUCGAACUCGCGACCUGUUAGUAGGAAGUCCAGGCCCCUAACCAGAGCCCGUUGCCUGUCACGCGCCGCUAUGCGACCGCUGGUUGGGCUCGACGGAGAGCCCGUAAGGUACAACGGAACGAGUGAUUUCCGUAAGAACGAUCGGCGAGCGCCCCCAUGCCAUUAUAUAUUCCCGAUCGAAAACCGACAGGGCAACGGGCUCGUGGCCCAGUGGUUAGAGGCGUGGACUUCUGACUAACAGGUCGCGAGUUCGAGCCUCGGGUGUCCCACACUUCGGGCUUGGGUACGACUGACUGACGACGGCUAAUAAGCCGGAAAUGGCCAUUCCAGACUUCCUUGUCUUUGUCGGUAAUAACAUACUGCCGAUAUCAUGCGCCGCUGUGCGCCUGCUGGUCGGUCUCGAGCGAGAGAGCCCUUAAGGCACAACGGAACGAGUGAGUUCCGUAUGAACAAUCGGUGAGCGCCACCUAUCACAACCCAAAGUGCUUUCUAGUCAUCACUCACCGUUAGACAUGACUUGGAAGACCGUCAACUGAACACAUAACAGUCAGGGCUCGGGGUCUGACAGCGAUUGUUCCCUCUCGCUCUGGCUUUCGCGGCACUUUCAGUUAUAUAAGGUCACGCCGCCCUGUCGAAGCCUAACGUUUGUGAAGUCAGGAAACAAGUAGUUUGGCUUUGUCAGGCACUGCUUUCAUGCACACGUCCCCAAUCGUCGUCAUAGGAAAAGCAGAACACGAUCAAUGUGGUAGAUACUGCACAGAUCUUCUUUACUAUUAACAUGACGCGCCUUCCGCCUAUCAAUGCCUGCCUUCAUCACUUGCCAAGGAAGAAAUAGCUGUCGCCACCCGUUUAACCCUCAUUCUGCAGGGUAACUGAUUGCAUGAUUCAUAGGUAGAAAAGUUCACUGUUCAGAUUAGCCAUCUAAACGAAGGUUGGAACACAUAGUCGCUUCCACAUCAAUUCCCAGGCGGCCAGGACAUUGUUGCCUCUUCCACUUUUGGAGUGAUGCGCGUCGGCUGAAUGUGUGAACCGAAGUAUGCUAGUUUAUACUUGUUGCCAACCCCUUCCCCCCCUCAUAUACUGGCUAUUACCGACUUGUAAAAUUUCCCCUACCACGAACUACAGAGGGUAAGGCGGCAUGGGGACGUGCGAACCCCGUGCGACACGCAGUCUUCAUCUCCCAGCUUCCUUCUCCCUUUACACCGCCUCCGUUCGCCUUGCUCUCGAGCUUUCUGGCAAUCAUUCGUCGACCUUGGUUCUGCUAAGAUUUGGAAUGGCCACUUUACAAGUCUGCUACUACGCCACGAAAAGCCACACGCACAUCCGAACGCCGACUGCAAGAACAAGUAGGUAAAUUGGGUCGGCGAAACAGCGGCCGGAGGAGUCAGAGAAGUUAAAUGUGAAUGACGGUGGCGCGACGGCUGUGCUGUGAAUCACCUGCCUUUUUGCACCCCUCUCCCCCACCUUCGUCAUUGCUCUUUCGCACCCUUUUUCUCCUUCUCCGUCUCCUUAUCAUCCUCUUCGCAGUCUCGGUCUCCACAUGAGUCAAUUCCAGUGCGGUCGAGUGUACGCGCGCGCGCGCGCUCUGCACAGCAAAUCGAUAUCGCCGGGAUACGCACGUUAGGAGGAGGGUGGGGGGAGGGGGGGGGUGUCUUCGCACUCGACAUCGUCGCAACAUGCGCGGCGGCUGUUGCACCGAAAAUGAGAAUCGAGAAGCACCAGGCUCAUCUUAAUUACUGCGCACGCAGACACCUGCGCCCCAGCUAUCAGACCGCGAGCCGUGCACAGCAUGGGAAUAUGCCCCGCCCAGGGUACUCUCCGAAAAUUUAAUUCUCGUUGCACCCUCUCUCCCCCCCCCCCCCCCCCCCAGGGUGCGCAAUUCCAACAUCUAUGCAUGGCCUUCAGUAACACUGACGAAGUCGUUCUGUUGGCCAUAAACACACGACAUAAUCUACGACGUGUCCAUCUCCAGCAAUUUUUCCUUCCGAUGGCUGCUCCUAUUCUGUCUUCUUCGAAUUGUCACUUUUCUACGAAGCGGGGUUUCACGGACUGCGACGUCCGCACUUUUCCGACGGUUUCACGGUCGACCAGAGCUUUUGUCUUUUCUGGACUGGGUGAUCAUUAGAAUAAUUCAGAGGUGACGUACAUUCCAUGCGCUCAGACUGAGCACAGCCACUGGCGAAGGGGGGGGGGUGAGGAUGUGCCGUUUUCCUGUUUGUCGUGUUUCGCCUGUGUUUCGGUCCUGUGACUGCAACUACAACGUCCUGAGGACUUGGGAGGACAAAGUUUAGGUCACCCAUCGUAGGCGCUUUCUCUUGAGGAAGUUUGUAGUGCUUCCGUAGAUAGGGCUGUCGAAUGCCCCUACCGUUAGCUAACGGGCAGAAUUGACCUGGACUAUCUGUGGGGAUGCUAAAAGAAGUUUAUGAAAAUAGGUGAAUACCUACUGGAGUUUGUCCAUGGGUUUGAUCACCGUGAGGAAAACUUGUGCAGCGCCGGUCUCACUAUUCCAAAUCCCAUUGUGAUGCGGUCUUAAGGCUACUCCAUGACGAUUAGCGGUGUGGGGUUAGGGGUUGGUGGUUGCCAUGGUGCGUUUUACCACACGGCCGGCUUCCGUUCAGUACCCAAUCUGUGUUCGCACACAGAUUCACCGACUUUGCUAAGACAAGACAACCACCCUCGCUUGGUUUAGCCCAUCAGUCGGAGCGGUUACCGGAGUGAAGUCGUAGACGAGAAUUCGUUUCUAGGUUACGUUAGCUUGUAACCCUUACUUGUUCGUACACUGAGGUGAGAGCUGUUUGAUUUGUUUUUUUUUCGCAGGUAUGCAAUGGUGUUGCACAUCCUUUGAACCCACUUACUCCUCCUGACCGUGUAUCCGAAUUAACUGGUGGAGGCAAGGAACCCAUGGACCAGCAACCUCCAUCUGCAUCGAAAACAACAGAUAUCGCAAUGUCGGAUGAUCCUGCACCGAACACUUUACCUCCCUCUGUCGCCCCCUCAAAUACGGCAAAGACCCCCAUGGGCUUGGGACAAGAGGCUACGGGGGGAGUGCAACCCCCUGAACGGACAACUUCGACAUUGGAUCACCAGUCUGUCUCCCGAUGGCUUCAAGCGCAGGCUGCAGAGGGGACAGAAAAGGCGGCAUCUCCGGUUGCACAACGAAAGUCGGCACCACCUCCCCUCAGCAUCAACUCCUUUCUUGGAGCUGUUGCCUCUGUCACUUCCUCCGCCGGUAGGUGCCUCAUUCCCAUGAAGCUGACCGUUUACUCGCUCGAACGGCGCCGCCAGUAG